AGAAUCCAAAAUCCGCGAAAAGACUAUUUCUAUUCGUUUCAGGUGAAUCAGCGUUUUCCCCUCGGUUCUUUUUCAUUGAAUCAGUGCUGAUGGCUUCGUCUACAGUUCGUCGCUCCCCCUUCUCGUCCUUCGUCUCUGAAUUGAUACACCACUGAAAUACUUUGCAUCUUAUUUUCUACAAAAGGUAAAUAAUGAAGCCUCUGCUAAGGUUACUGAUUGAAACUGUGUAGCAAUAAGAACAAAAGAGAUGAAGCAAUAUCCAGAAUGAAGAACCAUCAAACUGUAAAUUUCCCAGGUUUACCAGUGGUAACUUUCUGUUUUUACAGUUUAUAAUGCCUUCCAAGACGAAGGAUCGUGUGAGAAUAAGAGUUAAAGGUGAAAAGUGUAAGAAGGGAUUUAGACCCUUGGAUCACUUUUGAUCUCAAGCGAUUUAGAAGGGAAUUGAUUCAGUAUGUCUCAUUAGUGUUGAUCUAGUGUUUCUCUUCGAUUAGGAUUGAUCCAAUGGUGGAGAUCUCUUCUCACCCUUCUCACCAUAACUUUCAUUAUCACCGGAACCCAACCCUUACAAUGCCUUCCAAAAUAGAUUGAAAUCUUGAUUUCUGUUUCUACUCCAUGAGAACAACUUCAAAUCCAUUCACUAAACACCCAAUUCUCCAAAUCUUGAUAACAAAAUGCAAAACCCUUGACACAUUUCAACAAACCCAUGCCCAAAUCAUCACAACUGGUCUUAUCCUUCACACUUACCCUCUCACCCAACUAAUAUCAACCAUCUUAUCUUCCACCCUAACCACUUCCUUAUCCUACACCCUAACCAUCUUCAACCAAGCUCCGAACCGCACCACCUUCCUUUUCAACACCUUGAUCUCAUCAAUCCUAACCCAUCAUAACCACCAUAGCCAACACACCCACUUGGCUUUCUCUCUCUACACUCAAAUUCUCAAAAUAAAAACCAUCAAACCCAAUUCUUACACAUACCCGUUACUUUUUAAGGCUUGUGGGUCGAACCCGGCUUGGCUCGACUCUGGUCGAGCCCUACACGCACAUGUCUUGAAGUUUCUUGAACCCGGUGAGAUUGAUCAGUUUGUUCAAGCUUCAUUGAUUAGUUUUUACUCAAAAUGUGGGAAGUUUGGUGUUUGUAGGUAUCUUUUUGAUCAAAUUAGUCAACCUGAUUUGGGUUUGUGGAAUUCGAUAUUAUCUGCGUAUAAUUAUAGUGUUGAUGAUAGUGAUUUGUCGAUGGAGGUUUUGUGUUUGUUUAGUGAUUUGCAGAAAGGUUCGAAAAUUAAGCCAAAUGAGGUUAGUUUUGUGGCGUUGAUCAAUGCUUGUGCUAACUUGAGUGCUUUUAGUCAAGGAAUUUGGGCGCAUUCUUAUGUCGUAAAGCGUAAUUUGAAGCUUAAUCAGUUCGUUGUGACGUCCUUGAUUGAUCUUUAUGUGAAUUGCGGGUUCCUGGAGUUUGCACGCCAAGUGUUUGAUGAAUUACCAAAGAAAGAUGUUUUUUGUUAUAAUGCGAUGAUUAGAGGAUUCGCUACUCAUGGGUAUGGACUUGAAUCACUUGAUCUCUUUAAGAAAAUGGUGUCAGAGGGGUUCGGUCCAGAUGACGUGACCAUGGUGGCGAUGAUCUCGGCUUGCUCACAUGUUGGGCUCGUGGAUGAAGGUUGCGAGUUUUUUAAUUCGAUGAGGGAGAAAUAUGGGCUCAAACCAAAGGUUGAUCAUUAUGGGUGCUUGGUCGACCUUUUGGGUCGAGCCGGUCGGCUCCACAAGGCGAUGGAAAUAAUUCGGACCAUGCCCAUGAAGCCGAACGCGGUUUUAUGGCGAUCGUUGCUUGGCGCAACAAGAAACCACGGAAAUUUAGAGAUUGGCGAAAUUGCACUUGACCGUUUGAUCGAAUUAGAACCCGAAACCAGCGGAAAUUACGUGCUUUUAUCAAACAUAUAUGCACGUAUGAAUAAAUGGGAAGGUGUCAAACGCGUAAGAACGCUGAUGAAAGAUAAUGGCAUCAAUAAAAUGCCAGGAACAAGUGUUCUUGAGAUCGGUGGUGCGUUCCAUCAGUUUCUUACAGCUGAUAAAACGCACCCACGAUCUCAAGAAAUUUAUCAGAAGAUUGAUGAGAUGAAUAGAAAGUUACAUGAGUACGGGCACAAUGCCCGGACCAUGGACGUGUUGUUCGAUUUAGAAGACGAAGAUCGAGAAGAUGCAUUAUCGUAUCAUAGUGAGCGACUUGCAAUUGCUUUCGCACUUAUAGCAUCCGAUCCUAAUUCGCCUAUUCGGAUCAUAAAGAACCUCCGGGUGUGCGUUGAUUGUCAUGAUAGUACCAAACUCGUUUCGAUGAUAUAUAAACGAGAGAUUAUUGUUAAAGAUCGAAUUCGAUUUCAUCGGUUUCAAGAUGGGAGUUGCUCUUGUUUAGAUUAUUGGUAGGAAUUUAGAAACUUAUAUUGUU